AUGCAUUUUAUACUUGCUGUGCCCUUGAGCUUCGCCGGCUUGGCGCUAGCUGUUUCCAAUCCUUCGGGUCAGAAAGUGACCAGCUCGGCAGCUUUUAGCAGUGGAGCAGGAAACAACAACAAUGCCAAUAUCUUUGAUGGCACUGGAAAUGGCGGAUCAGACACUUAUAGGUGUUACUAUGGCGGCUGGCAAAGCUUCCCUCCCGUCUCCGAAUGGAUCGAGUUUGAUGCGAUGUGGAACAACUCCAAGACUGCCAUGGCGCAGUCGUGUGCCAACUUGGGAAUUGGAUCUUGCUCAAAUGGCGCCGGUGCUUUUGGACCUGGCAACAGUGGAGAGCAGACUGGCUUAAUCUGGAAUGCCAUUCAGCAAGUUGCCCAGACGUCUUUGGUUGACCAUCGAUUCAUUCUCGCAACAAUUUUGCAAGAGUCUAUUGGCUGUGUCAAUGUUUGCCCGAGCACCAACCCAGAUCCUUCUCAGCCAGAUAACCCCGGCUUGAUGCAGUCUGACGGCGGAGCAACAUUUGUGGGAAAUUCAGCCAGCGAUUCAUCUCAGCAGUCUAGCAUUACUCAAAUGGUCAUCGAUGGAACCCAGGGAACUUCCCUUGGCGAUGGCCUUGUUCAGUGCAUAAACCAAUAUGGAAACAUCUAUGAAGCUGCUCGCUGCUACAACUCGGGCUCAGUUAACAGCGGAAAUUUGAACGAUGGCGAGGGUGCCACGGCGUCAUAUGUCAAUGAUAUUGCCAAUCGGAUGACUGGCUGGCUCUACUCUGACAGCAAGUUCAACCAAUGUUAA